GCUACAAACAGACCAAAACAAAACGCCGUUCUGCUCCUGUUAGCUGUGAAGAGUGAAGAACAGGACAAAUAAGGAGGAAAAUAAGCGGGUCAGGAGGACGCUGACAUGAAGAACCUGGACCUGUUUUUGUUGGCAUGUUGCCUUCAUGGCUUGAGCACUUUAGGAGGUGCUGCUCAGGUGGAGCAAGCUCUGAUGAAGAGUCUCUUCUCAGGGUACAACCUGAAGGUCCGGCCGGCCCCGGUCCCUGAAUCCAGGGUCGUGGUUCGAGUUGGAAUGAUCCUGUCCUCCUUCGUUGGACUGAACAUGAAAAAUGAAGAAAUGAGCACAAUAGUAGUCAUGAACCUGGAGUGGACGGACUAUCGGCUGACGUGGAAUCCCAAACAGCAUGCGGGGAUCAAGAUGUUGCGCGUCCCGUCUGGGAAGGUGUGGCUUCCAGACCUCGUCCUCAUUAAUAAUAACGACGGCGUGUUUGAUGUGGCGCUGCACGUCCACGUUCUGGUCUACAGUAACGGCCGGGUAACCUGGACGCCCCCCGCUCUGUAUCUCAGCUCCUGUGGAGUCAAGGUCACUUACUUCCCCUUCGACUGGCAGAACUGCACCAUGCAGUUCCGCUCAUACACCUACGACUCCACGGAGAUCGACCUCCAGUACGCCCUGGACGCUAGAGGCAACGAAAUCCGGGAGAUCCAACUGGACGAAGGCUUCAGCGAAAGUGGAGAGUGGCACAUCAGACACAAGCCGAGCAGAAAGAUCAUGAAGGACGACCUCUACGAGGAGAUGACCUUCUACUUGAUCAUUGAGAGGAAGCCUCUGUACUACAUCAUCAACAUCAUCAUCCCCUGCAUCCUCAUCACCAUCAUAGCCAUCUUUAACUUCUACCUUCCUCCUGAUGCCGGUGAGAAGAUGGGUCUGUCCAUCAACGUCCUGCUCACCCUCACUGUCUUCCUGCUUCUGCUGGCCGACAAAAUCCCAGAGACCUCGCUGGGCGUUCCCAUCAUCGUCAAGUACAUCAUGUUCACCAUGAUCCUGGUCACCUGCUCCGUCAUCCUGAGCGUGGUCUCCCUCAACCUGCACCACCGCUCGCCCAACACCCACACGAUGCCCAUGUGGAUCCGGAAGAUCUUCAUCCACAUGCUGCCGCCGUAUCUGUUCAUGCGGCGUCCAAAAGUGGAGUCCCUCCAGUACCUGGAGAGCGUUCCCCGCCGGGAGAUGAAGAUCACGGCCAUCAGCAAAGCUGCAGACGAAUACUUCAUCCGCAAACCCGACUCCUCCAUCUUGUUCCCCAAACCCAACAGGUUCCAUUCCAACGGGAUGUGCACGGAUCUGAGGAAGUUCAUCGACGGCCCGAGCACCUACCUCGCUCUUCCCGACGAGCUCAAGACGGCCAUCGACGCCAUCACGUACAUCGCGGAGGCUCUGCAGGCGGAGAAGGACUACGUGGCUCUGAAGGAGGACUGGCAGUUCGUGGCCAUGGUGGUGGACCGCAUGUUCCUCUGGAUCUUCGUGGUGUUCACCACUCUGGGCACUCUGGCCAUCUUUAUCGACGCCAGCUUCAACCACACCCCCAACGACCCCUUCAAGUCCCCCUGGGGAACUGUUUAACUCCCAACUCCAGUUCUAGACAAGCUUUUCUUUAAAACCAUCAAGAAAUCAAAGAUGUUAACUUUUAAUCAAAUUCUUUUGAGCAUCCACUCCUUACUGCUGUUUUUACACCUUAGGUCUGUAGUUUUGCUUUGUCCCGUUAAAGGACACAAUCAUUGUUGAGUGUGUUGUUUGUAGGGGAGCUCUAACACUUCCAAGUUCCCUUCAAAACAUUAAACUGACCCCAAAACCAGCGAAGAUGUUUUUAACCAGACGCUUCAACCUGGAGGACACAGAGUUCCCAACAAACCGUUCCCAAUGAAAGUCGUCUGAACUCAGAACCAUUGAGAACCUAAAAAAGUCUGAUAAGCUUCAGUAAAUUGAAUGAAACUAGAAUGAUUCGUGGACGUAAAUAUUGUGUUUAAUGUCUCUUUACUUAAAAUAUCUUUACUAGUCUUUCAUGUUUGCAUCACAUAUAUAAGAGUUUGAAAGUUUCAUAAAUAAACUUUUUUCUCCUAAAUAUUAAAGAAUAUUCUUAAAAGUUCAAGAGCCUCUGCCCGUCUUUCCUUCUGACUGUCAGUUUGCGCGGCGGAGGCGGCCAGUUUCAAUGUUAACUCAAUAGCACAGACGCGAAUUGAGGGUGACGGGAUGUUGCAGCGAUCUGGUGUGUAACCUCUACCAAUCAGGUUCUCAGCUUUAGACACGUGACAUUUUCUGUGACUCUAUAAUCGGGUCAGAUACUAAUCCAAUGCGAGAGUUUUUGUACUAAACUUCCAUCUAAUUUCUUAACCCACUGAGGCCGCGGGGUUACCAGAGUUUGUUCUGGCUAGGUCCCCUAAUUUUAUUUUUGUUUUUGUUUUUCUCUCAGUACAGUGAGCCCUCAAACAUAGUCUUAGAAACACAACGGAAGCGACUGUUGUAGAAAAUACAGCAACUGGAGGAGAUAGAAACCCCCGCGAAAAUCUAUGAAUGAUCACAUAAACCAAGACAUGAAGAUGGGAUUACUGGUAGGUUUUUAGUAAAUAAACCUGAUUUCUGAACAUAGUCCGUGUCUUCCAUACAUUGUAAGUGAGAUACACAGACACCAC